CCUGAUGGCAGAUUCACUUAAACACAACUUAAAGUGUUUCAAAAAAAUCUCAGUGAAAACAGUCUGCCGCAGACCAUCAAAACAAACGGUUGGCUAAACAACGAAACGCUGAACGCUCGGUUGGUUCUCACCAUUGUCGUCAAUAAAACAAACAAGUGUCGUCGACGUCGAAACAACGGCGGGUUCUAUGUGAAACAAAUCUUUGUUGAUAAAAGUGCGAUUUGAGGGACACGGUUCAAGACAAAGGUCAAAGACAUUGUUUUCAGUCGCUUUGUAAAGCGAUAACCAAUUGGAAUUACCAGCUAGUGCGGGAAAAUUGAAAAGCAAAAAACAGACGCCGGGAAUGGCUUGUGGUGCAAUGGAUUUACCCAAACGGUCAGUGGCAUUUUUAUGGCCCAUCGUUAUUUUUCUGAUCGCCUUUAAUCUCAACCUCAGCAACGUUCAUGCCCAACAGAGCUGCAGCAAUCCAAAUGGAAAAACCGGUGAAUGCAUUUCAAUUUAUGACUGCAGCAGUUUGGUGAAUUCAUUAAAGAAUUUAAGCCGGAGUGCCCAGCAAACGAAAUUCAUACAGGAAUCUCAGUGCGGCUUCAGCUCCCCGCCCUUUGUCUGCUGCACGACGGAUAUUGAUUAUGCAGAGAACAGUAAUGAGCUACUGCCGGUAGGCACACAAUGCGGCCCCCAAUCGAUUGGCAAUAAGAUUUACAAUGGCAACGAUACGAACAUCGAUGAAUAUCCCUGGAUGGUGUUGCUCGAGUACAGAAACAAAAAUGGACAAUUGAUUUUGAAUUGUGGCGGAAGUCUCAUCAACAAACGAUAUGUCAUCACUGCGGCCCAUUGUAUUAAAGGUCAAAUUGAAACAGAAGUUGGUCCUUUAACCCGCAUCCGUUUGGGUGAAUACAACAUCAAUGAGGAAAUCGAUUGUAUUGCCGAUGAUUGCAAUAACAAGGUUGUUGAAGUGGGCUUCGAGCAACUGAUACCCCAUCCCCAGUAUGAUGUGCGGAACGGCAACAAUCAUCAUGACAUUGCCCUCAUCCGCCUGGCUCGAGAUGUGGAAUAUUCGGAUUUUAUACGCCCCGUUUGCUUGCCAUUGACAGAUACUCGUUCGGCACCCAUCAAUCCUGGUGAACUACUCGUAGUGGCCGGUUGGGGUAGAACUUUGGAGGCCCGACAAUCAAACGUGAAAAAACAAUUGGCCAUACCGGUAACAGAUCACGAUAGCUGUGUCCGAAAGUAUGCCACAAAGAAGGUCAAUCUUAUCAGCUCUCAAUUGUGUGCUGGUGGAGAAUUUGCAAAGGACAGUUGUGACGGUGAUUCUGGUGGUCCGCUAAUGCGCCAAUCUCACAUGAAGCGUUGGUUUUUGGAGGGCAUUGUCUCGUUCGGCAAUCGCUGUGGUUUGGAAGGUUGGCCCGGUGUUUAUACACGAGUUGUCGACUACAUACCCUGGAUUAAACAAACUGUUAAGCCUUAAGUAUCAAAGACAGAGUAAAUGGUUGUUGUUUCAAUAAAAUAAAAUUAAAAAAAAAUCAUAA